CCUCAGUCCCCGCCCGUCCUCUAGCCUGCGCGCAAGCAAGCAUGAAGCCGUCCUGGGAGCGGCUGCUGUGGGCGGCCACCCUGCUGGCGGCGGCGGGAGCGGUGGUGGCGACGCCCGAUGAUGAUGAUGACCUGCCCGCCCUGCCUCCCUACCACAUCCACGCGGACCACCAGCACCCGGGCCACGACGAUUCCGCGGAGCCCGAGCACGACCACAACACCUCAGCCGGCCACGUUAGGUCCUCCGAGGCCUCCUUUGAGUACUCCCUUACGCCCUUCAACCAUUCCUUCGGUACCGCUGCAGGAGGAAAAGAAGGACAAGGAGACAUAGGAGCUGGAGCAGAUGAAACCGCCGGAGGAGUUUCAAAACUGCGAAGAAGACCCGGGCUGUCGCAUUCCGUUCCGGAGUUCAGGGCCUUCGACAGAUACUCUUACUUUAUCGGUAACUCUAAGGAGACGGAGGACUUUGAAGACUUCAGGAGCGCGCCGACCUCUGAAGAAAACGACCCCUUCUCAAGAUACUACAACAAGCUUCCCUUCUCAAGACCACAGGGCUCCGAAGUGGAAAAGGAGGAGGAGGAGGAGGAGGAUGAGGAUGAGGAGGAGGAAGAGAGGGAAAAGACAGUGGGAAGGAUAUCAUCAUCAAGAUACUCUCACAGGACUCCUUCUUCGGGACGCUGGGAUCCUCAGAAGACAAUAAGAAAUCAAGAGAGACAAGGGCGUAGACACUUUGGGUUAUCCUCCCGUGGGAACAAGGAGGCGAGUGACGAUGAGAACACGGCUGAGGAGGAGAUGGACGAUGAAGAGGAAAAAGAGGAAGAAGAGGAAGAAGAGGAAGAGGAUGAAGAGGAGGAUGAUGAUGAUGACGAAGAUGAUGAAGAUUCCUCAUCAUCAGAAGAGGACGAAGAGGAUAGUGAAGACGAGGAUCCAUUCUCAAAAUACUUUAACAAACUUCCAUUUUCAAAAACGAACGAAGAUAAUGAGGAGGAAGAAGACUCGUCCUCCUCCUCGGAAGAAGAUGGAGGUUCCUUCACCGGCUACUCUUACCCAUCACCAUCCUUAAGACGACAAGAGGGAGGGGGGGAGGAUAAAGGGGAAGAGGGAGCUUCAAUCACUCCCUCUCGUGGGCCCAAGAAAGGGGAGGCUCUUGAUCUGCGCGGCUGGACGGAGGACGAAGAAGAGGAGCACGAGAUCUCUUUCCCCCAAGCCACCCCUCCCUACCCCUGCAGCCCCUUCCCCAUCCCCAGCAGCCCCCCAUCCAAUCCCCACACCUCCCCAGGCCACCUCCACCUCUCCACCCAAGACGUGACGGCGGUAGAGAAAAUGCAAGGACACAGCAGAAGGGACGAGGAACACAGGAACAGACGAGGAGGCGGCAACACCACCAGAACCAACAACGACAACGACAACAAAAUCAACGUCAACACUCUUCAAGGCGGCCUAACCCCCCGGAUGGAAGAAAAGGAGGAGGAGGGCGAGCGGCUGCACAUCUUCGGUCCGUUCAACAAGAUGGCGGAGAGUGUGGGUGGGGGGACGAGGGAUGAGGAAAUCAUCAAGACCAAGACCCUUGGGCACAGCUUCUUCACGGUGCCGACAGGGAACCACUGGAGCAUGAGGAGGCAAAAGUCUGGCGAGGAAGAGGAAGAAGAGGAGGACUCGUCCUCCUCGGAAGAAGAUGACUACAGACACCCAUUCUUCAGGAGGAAACAGUCGAGUGAGGAAGAGGAAAAAGACGAGCGGAAGGGCUACUCCUACCGUCCUCCUUCGACAGGACUCUGGGACUACAGGACGAAGCAGAAGGAAAAGGAGCGCCCAAGGACCUCAAUUUUGGACUUCAAUGAGGAGGAGGAAGAGGAGGUAAAGGAAGAGGAGGAAAAGGAAGAGGAGGAAGGGGAAGAGAAGGAGGAGGAGGAGGAGGAGGAGGAGGAGGAGGAGGAGGAGGAGGAGGAGGAGGAGGAGGAGGAGGAGGAGGAGGAGGAGGAGGAGGAGGAAGAGGUAGAAGAGGAGGUGAAAGAAGAAGAGGCGGAGGAGAAGGAGGAGAAGGAGGAGGAGGAGGAGGAGGAGGAGGAGGAGGAGGAGGAGGAGGAGGAGGAGGAGGAGAAGGAGGAGGAGGAGGAGAAGGAGGAGGAGGAAGACGAAGAGGAGGAGGAAGACGAAAAGGAGGAAGAAGACGAAGACGAGGAGGAAGGAGGUGAAGAGGAGGAGGAAGAGGAAGAAGAAGAAGAGGACGAAGAUUCUGAUGAACAAGGUUCUUCAUCUUCGGAAGAGGACUCUUCAGAGGAAGAUGAAGAGGAGUCUUCAGAAGAGGAAGGUGAUGAUGAUGAGGAGGAAGAAGACGGAGAAGAAAAUGAUGAUGAAGGUGAAGGUGAGGGUGAUGAUGAAGAAGAGGAAGAUGGUGAAGGAGAGGGCCAAGAAGAGGAAGAGGAAGAAGAGGGUGAAGGAGAGGGUGAAGAAGAAGGUGAAGAAGAGAAUGAAGAAGAGGGCGAAGAAGAGGAAGAGGGAGAAGGAGAAGACAAAGAAGAGGAAGAAGAGGGUGAAGGAGAGGGUGAAGAAGAGAAUGAAGAAGUGGGCGAAGAAAAGGAAGAGGGAGAAGGAGAGGACAAAGAAGAGGAAGAUAAUGAAGUAGAUGGACAGGAAGAAGCAGAAGAGGGGGAUGAGGAGGAAGAGAAAGAUCAAGAAGAGGAAAACGAAGUUGACAAUGACGAGGAGGAGGAAGAGGAAGAGGAAGAAAAAGAGGGAGACGGUGAGGAAGAGGAGGAAGAAGAGGGAGACGGUGAGGAAGAGGAGGAAGAAGAAGAGGGAGACGGUGAGGAAGAGGAAGAAGAAGAGGGAGACGGUGAGGAAGAGGAGGAAGAAGUAGAGGGAGACGGUGAGGAAGAGGAGGAAGAAGAAGAGGGAGACGGUGAGGAAGAGGAGGAAGAAGAAGAGGGAGACGGUGAGGAAGAGAAGGAAGAGGGAGACGGUGAGGAAGAGGAGGACGAAGAAGAGGACGCUGAAGAAGAUGGCGAUGAAGAAGAGGACGAAGAAGAGGAGGAAGAUGAAGAUGAGGAAUCAGAAGAGGAUGAUGAUGACGAUGACUCUUCUUCAUCGGAGGAGGACGGUCCCUUCUCGUAUUUCAAUAGGAGGCAAAAGUCUGGCGGGGAAGAGGAGGAAGAGGAAGACUCGUCCUCCUCGGAAGAAGAUAACUACAGACACCCCUUCUUCAGGAGGAAACAAUCGAGUGAGGAGGAAGACGAGCAGAAGGGCUACUCCUACCGCCCUCCUUCCUAUGGCCCAUUUAACUUCGAUGUCAGUCAAGAGGAAGAGGAGCAGCCAAGGAUGUCACUCUUGGAUUUCUUCAAGAUACCGACGGCCACACGCAAGGUUGAAAAAGAAGGCGAAGGUGACGGAGAACAGGAAGGAGAUGAGGUGGAAAAAGAAAAGGAGGAGGGGGAGGAGGUGGAAGAUCACGAAGAGGAAGGUGCAGAAGAGGAUGCGGAGGAAGAAGAAAAAGAAGAGGAAGAAGAAGAAGAAGAAGAAGAAGAAGAAGAGGAAGAAGAGGAAGAAGAGGUGGAAGGAAAAGAAGAAGAAGAAGAAGAUGAAGAAGAUGGGGAGGAGGAGGAGGAAGAGGAUGAUGAAGAUGAAGAUGAUGAUGAAGAUUCUGCUUCAGAAGAAGAUUCCUCUUCAGAGGAGGAUUCUUCAGAAGGUUCUUCAUCAGAGGAAGAUUCUUCAGAAGAUGAAAAUGAGUCAGAGGUGGACAACGAGGAGGAGGAGGAGCCAAGGAUGUCACUCUUGGACUUCUUCAAGAUACCGACGGCCACACGCAAGGUUGAAAAGGAAGGCGAAGGUGACGGAGAACAGGAAGGAGAUGAGGUGGAAGAGGAACAGGAGGAGGAGGAGGAGGAAAAGGAAGAUCACGAGGAGGCAGGUGCAGAAGAGGAUGUGGAGGAAGAAGAAAAAGAAGAAGAGGAAGAAGAAGAAGAAGAAGAAGAAGAAGAAGAAGAAGAAGAAGAAAAUGAAGAAGAUGGGGAGGAGGAGGAGGAAGAGGAUGAUGAAGAUGAUGAUGAUGAAGAUUCUGCUUCAGAGGAAGAUUCCUCUUCAGAGGAGGAUUCUUCAGAAGGUUCUUCAUCAGAGGAAGAUUCUUCAGAAGAUGAAAAUGAGUCAGAGGUGGACGACGAGAAGGAGGAGCAGCCAAGGAUGUCACUCUUGGACUUCUUCAAGAUACCGACGGCCACACGCAAGGUUGAAAAGGAAGGCGAAGGUGACGGAGAACAGGAAGGAGAUGAGGUGGAAGAAGAACAGGAGGAGGAGGAAGAGGAGGAAGAUCACGAGGAGGCAGGUGCAGAAGAGGAUGCGGAGGAAAGAGAAACAGAAGAAGAGGAAAAAGAAGAAGAAAAGGAUGAAGAAGAAGAUGGAGAUGAAGAGAAGGAGGAAGAGGAUGAUGAUGAAGGUGAUGAUGAAGAUUCUACUUCAAAAGAAGAUUCUUCUUCAGAGGAGGAUUCUUCAGAAGGUUCAUCAUCAGAGGAAGAUUCUUCGGAAGAUGAAAAUGAGUCAGAGGAGGACGACGACGACGACGAGGAGGAGGAGGAGGAGGAGGAGGAGGAGGAGGAGGAGGAGGAAGAAGGAGAAGGAGAAGAAGAAGGAGAAGAAGAAGAAGGAGGAAAAGAAGAUGAAGAAGAAGAAGAAGAAGAAAAAGAAGAAGAAGAAGAAGAAGAGGAUGAAGAAGACGAUGAGAAAGAACCAGAGAGCACUAAGGAAUCUUACCAAUACCCAACUCCCUCAGGCGGCCUCUCCUACCCUGGCCAUACCACAGAGAGGCCCAACGCCCGCUUCCUCGACUUCUUCAGGAUCUCUGCGGGCGUCAAGGAGCCAAAGGGCGAGAAGGCGACCACGUGUGAGAAUUGUGGGACUUCUGAAGUGACGGUGGAAGACAAACACCCAGCGACGACCAGUGAAGGUGAAGAGAUGAUGGACGAAGAAGAAAAGAAGAAAGAGGAAGGGGAGGAGGAGGAGGAGGAGGAAGAGGAGGAGGAGGAAGAGGGAGAAGACAAGGAAGAGACAGAGGGUGAGGAAGAGGAGGAAGAAGAGGAGGGAGAGGAGAGAGAACAAGAAGAAGAAAAGGAGGAGGAGGAGGAUGAAGAAGAAGAGGAAAAUGACGAGGAAGACGAUGAAGAGGAGGAUGAGGAGAAAAGCGAGGAGGACAGCGAGGAGAGUAGCAGCACAAGGCGACAUCCUCUGUUCAUCGUUCUUCGAGGCCAUCCACGGAAAAGCACGAGACUGGACACUUUACUAACCCAAGGAAAACACGAAGAGAAUGAAGAUAACUAUGAUGAUGAGGAGAAGGAAGAGGAAGGAGAAGCAGAUGAAAAUGAGGAAGGAAGUGAUGAAGACGAUGAUGAGAUGCUGCUCUUCCUCCCCUUCAUCACGGAGAACGAGGAUGAUGAGAAGCUAAUGGGCCACAUCAGAAUCCCAUCCUCCUUCAUCCCGAACUUGGGACAGCUCGAGAACCUGCAACCCACGCGCCUUACGGACUCCCUCUCUGGCUUCGUGAGUGACCUGGACGAGCCGCAGAGUGACAGAUUCGUGACUCUGCUUUCGAGACACGUGGAGAACCUAGACGAUGACGAGGAGGAUAGCAGCAGCAGUAGUGAGGAAUCUGAUGAGGAAGAGGAAGAGGAUGAAGAUGAGGAAGAGGAUGAAGAUGAGGAUGAGGAAAAGGGUGAGGAUGAGGAAGACGAAGAAGAGAACGAAGGUAGAGGUACAAGACAACGCAAUAGGAAAGGUCCGCAGCCGCUUGUGAUUCGCAGAUUCCCUCGGCUUCGUUCUCGCGGUAAGAUCGUUCUCCGUCGCCCGCUGCCUCAGGACGCCUCUAGCACCUCAGGAAACACCCAAGGGAGCCCCUCGUACAUCUCCCUCGUGCACAGAAGACCCCCAGGAGAGAAAUCCCACAGCGGUAGGCCUCCCCCGGAGAUAAUAAGCAGAGGUAGUGAAGACACUUCUACGCAAAGACUAAAGAAGAAAGAGAUCGUACUAACCCACAGAGAGAAUAUCAAUCAACCAGAAAUACAAGAGAGAAUGCCUUUACAAACACAGAGACCCCCGACUACAACCCGUGCGACGACUCACCACAGAACGACGCCAAGAAAGGAACAAGAAAACCAACCUUCACGCGGACUAAACAACAGAGAACAUACCAAACAACCUGAUAAAGAAUUGAAAAUGCCUUCACAAACACAGAGAACCUCGACUAUAACCCGUGGGACGACUCACCACAGAACGGCAACAAGAACAGGACAAGGAAACCAACCUACACGCAUACCAAACAACAGAGGGCUUACAGAUCCUUUAAGAAUACUAAACAGUGCUCCUCCUUCCCAUAAACAGGAACACCCGUCUGCCACCCGCACGACCCUCCAUAGAACAACAGGAAGAGGAACAGGCACAAGGAACACCCCCCAAGACAGGUUAAGCCACAGAGCCAACCCAGAACCGUUGACGAUACACGAAAAAGUUAUUACCCAACCAGACAGACCGCCAAGUGAACCCCGACCGGCCAACCAGAGAGCGAUAACUAGAAACUUUCCGCCACCCACCAUCUACAACGCCAAGAGCUCCGCAGGAAGGGCAGGAGUGAGUGAAAGGACUCCAACUGUACCACACAUCGGUUAGCUCUGAAUAAAAGGGCACCAACAAGCCUGUACUUCGGUUAGCUGUGAAUGAAAGCUUGACAUAAAGGGUACACUUCGGUCAGGUGCAUAUACAAGCUUACCUACAUGGGGAACACUUUAGUCAUUUGGGAUUGUAAAGUCCAAGGUUACAUGGAGUACACUUCGGUCAGCUGCGUGAAAGGGACAGCUAAAUUGGUACAUAUCGGUCUGUAAUUGUAAAGACAUCUACAGAGGUACACCCGUCAGUUUGCCUUCAUCAAGGAAUAGCUCAUUUACUUAUUAACUAGUUUAUUGUUGUAUUUAUUUAUUCACUCAUUGGUGUAAUUAUGUUACUGUUUAUGUAUGUGUAUACAGACAAGCGAUGUAGUUGAUUUACGUGUGUGUCUGUAUGUAUAUUUGUGAUUCUAAUAACUAGACUUCUUGUAUGAGUUUAUUCAGGAAUAAAGGAAUGGUCUUGAAAAUAGUGUCCAAAAGCUUUUUUAUGUGUUAUACGGUGAAAAAAAGUGAAAUGUAUGAAGAAAACACGAUAGGAAAAGCAAAUACUCAGACUCUCAUGUCCAUAUAAUUAUUUCUGAUGAGUAGACGUUCUCUGUAUGUGUGUAUUACGUGACUUGUAUCGUUCUCUCUC